UGGGAGAGGCGGGGACAAGGACACAGAGGACUCCCCGGUGUGUGUUUCCCCCCCCGCGGUCCCGCCCCCCGCUCGCAGCAGCGGCGGCGAUGGCGGCGGCUCGGGGCAGGGUGCUCUGCCUUUUCGACGUGGAUGGGACCCUGACGGCGGCCCGGCAGAAAAUCGAGCCCGAGGUGGACGCGUUCCUGCGGGAGCUCCGCCAGAGGGUGCACAUCGGCGUGGUGGGGGGCUCCGACUACGCCAAGAUAGCCGAGCAGCUCGGGGAAGGCGACGAAGUCAUCGAGAAGUUUGACUACGUCUUUGCGGAGAAUGGCACGGUGCAAUACAGGAACGGGCGGCUGGUUUCCAAGCAGGCUAUUCAGGACCACUUGGGGGAAGAGCUGCUGCAGGAUCUAAUAAACUUCUGUCUCAACUACAUGGCGCUGCUGAAGCUGCCCAAGAAACGAGGAACCUUCAUUGAGUUUCGCAAUGGGAUGCUGAACAUCUCCCCCAUCGGACGGAGCUGCACACCAGAGGAGCGAAUCGAGUUCUCUGAGCUGGACAAGAAAGAGCGGAUCCGGGAGAAGUUUGUGGCAGCCUUGCAAAGGGAGUUUGCUGGCAAAGGCCUGCGUUUCUCUCGAGGUGGCAUGAUCAGCUUUGACGUCUUCCCAGAGGGAUGGGACAAGCGUUACUGCCUCAAUGUGCUUGACAAUGAAAGAUUUGACACCAUCCACUUCUUUGGGAAUGAGACCACUCCUGGAGGGAAUGAUUAUGAAAUCUAUGACGAUCCCCGCACAGUGGGACACAGCGUCCAGUCUCCCCAGGACACGGUCCAGCGAUGCCGCGAAAUCUUCUUCCCAGAGAGAGCGAAUGAGUGCUGACGGCCAGAUCCCCGCAGCCCUGCCCUGGCCCCACCCUCACCCCCCCCACCAGGAAAAGCACCUUCGUUUGAGGAAUCUGCUCAGGGUAGACUGAAAAAAGCCACUUUCCAGAGCUGGUUGGGAUGUAACGCGUGAGUACGGGUACAUGUGCAAGAGGGGACCUUCACUGAGCAGCCCUUCAGCGUUCCCCAUCUACAGCUGACGCUCAUAGGACUUCCUCGCCUCCAGAAAAGCUUCUCUCUUCGCAGUUUGGUCUGUGGUGGGCAGUGACACAGAUGCUUUCAUGGUCAGAAAGCAUUUGAAAGGGCCAGUCAUGAGAGCAUGUGUGCAUCCAUCCCUUGCUCCCUCUACUCUUCUUUUUUGUGCUCUAUUUCUCUUAUCGCUUGAGGGAACACGUUUCACCUUUCUCUCCCCCUUGCACUUUGGCCCAGGGAGGCUGGGGCUGCUGAGGCCUCAGGCACUCUCACUGGAGCUGCUCUGAGGCAAAAGGAGACCAGGAAGGCUGUUUGCUCCAAGCCUGUGGUAGGAAGAGGUAGGUACGACCUCAGCUCCUUUUAGCAUUGUGCAUCCUAGCAUAGAGGGUCAGUACAUCCUUCAUCUCAGUGCCAUACUGUGCCAGUUCAUA